AUGUCUCAUUACGGCACUCGGAUCGCAACAAACUUUACCAACGGGCUAUUCAAAACAUUUAGAUGGCAGCGGAGGUGGUUCGUUUUGUAUGACGACGGUGAACUGACUUACUCUCUAGACGAACACCCAGACACGGUCCCGCAAGCCAGCGUGGACAUGACGACGGUGCUGGAGGUGAGCGAGGCGGACAGCGUGACGGGACACGCGCACAGCCUGGCCAUCACGGCACCGGAGCGUGUCACCUUCGUCAAGGGCACUUGCCGGGAAGAGGCGCGCUGGUGGUCAGACGUGCUAAGCGUUUACCCGAGAAGCAAGGGUCGUCAUAAACGUAACGCGACGUUUCCGGGAGGUCAAACGGCCAGCCUUCUGCAGUCUUCAACAACUAGAAGUACGUAUAGUAACAAAUACUCCGCAGACGCGUCGACGCUCCGGGACGCGGCGGACUGCAGCGCGAGGCCCCGGUUCUGCGGGGGGACCACCACCUGGCCUGGGCCCCGGGUCCAGCCACCGCAACCCGAGAUACCCAGCCUUGCUACACCCACCAACAUCGACACUAAAGUGUACAACGACCAGCCAGUAUCGUCCGCGUCGCCGCCGACCCGUGACAAGAUCAACGGCGAGGAGAAGGCUCGUUCUCGCCGCAGGGAUACGUGGCCCGAACCCGCUACCACUCCCUCUAAUGACGAAGCAAAUGUAGUGCGAUCACCGUUGCUCCAGCAACAGCAUCAGCAGUAUGACGAACAGCUACGUGACAUUGCUGCGUCACUCACUCGGCCGCGAUCACGUCGCGCGCUUCCACCGACCCUCGAAAGACCUACAAGACUACCUCCACCUGAUAGACUACCGGCAAGAGGUUCGCCAGAUGGCGGUCCACCUCCCGAUGAAGGCAUUACCAGCUCAGCCAGUGAAGGUAGCGAGCCGACUGAUACGGUAGAAACAGCUGAGGCCGCCGAAGGAGGCAGGGUAGAACUACCAGCUGAAAGAUUACUCCACGCGAGAGCAGGGUGGCUUCAACGAAGAGGGCCUGGUGGAUGGUCUCGACAUUGGUUCGUCUUACGAGGAGCUGCUUUGUUAUACUUCCGAGAUCCUCACGCAGAGCAUAGAGGACUUAUGGAUGGUGUUAUUGAUCUUAGCGGUAUUUCGAGAGUUGUGGAACUACCAACGUCUGCUUCUACUAAUGGCUAUGCUUUUGAAACUGAGACCUGGGACGGCAAGCACAUAGUUUUAUCAGCGGUUACAGCCGGAAUUAGAGCAAAUUGGGUCUCGGCUAUGCGAAGGACGGCUGGAUUACCAGACACAGGUCCACUUUCGCUAAUUUUGCGGGAGGACACAGUUGACCAAACAUCUGAAUCGUCUACCUCUCCCAUCACACCAAUUACUCCAAAUACAGCGAAGUCAGGUCCAUUUUCUUCAGACGAAGAAUACAGAACAGCAUCAGAAGGAGGACGUAGAGAUAGCGCAGACUGGGGAGAUGUUGGAUCACAACCACCACCAUCACCUAUACUCAAUCGAACUCCAAUAUCUAAGGUUAAAGAAAAAGUACGUGCUCGAGGUUGCCAACAAACUCAACCUAAGACCGACAUUAAAGUCGACAAGGACGAAAUUGAUGCUACCAAAGAAAAUGACCUCCCAAUAGACGAAGUCGACGGAAACGAAAAACCAAACGAACCCAGGAAACGCAGCUAUAUUUCAACUAUAGACAAACAAAUGAUCGAAAUCGAAGAUUUACGAAAACAAUUAAAACUAGCAUUGAAUGACGUCAACGCAGCAGAGUCUGAACUGGCGAGGCUACGUAAACUCAAAGCAGAUGCCGCGUUAAGAGAAAAGAAAAUGGAAGAAUUGGUUAUAACCUUACAAAAGAAAGAGGAAGAAUUGUCUGUCAGGACAAAGGAAGCUGAAAAUUUGGAUGCAAUUAAGCAAAUGUAUAAUCAAGAUAAAACCAUGUGGGAAAACAAACUAACAGAAACACAAAACUUCUUAAAAGAAUCAACUGAACAUUGUGAGUUGUUGACAAGUCAGCUAACGACAGCGCAAGAGACAAUAAAACAGUUACAAAAAGAAUUGAGUGAACUCAACGAAAGGCUUCUAAAGAGCGUUAAGGAAAAUGAUAAUUUAUAUAAAAGAAUAAGAGAUUUGGAAGGUAAAAUCAUUGCGGAAUCACCAACUAGAGAGAAAAGAAAAAGUAUCGGAUCACUUGGUGAUCUCAGUAAUAUCAACCAAGACUUAAAUUUGGAGUCAUUAGAGAAAAACAGACUGAUCGACGAAUAUACAGAUUUAAGAAAUAGGUUCUUGAUGGCUAUUCAAGAAAUUAAGGCAAUGAAGAGAGAACUUCGCGAAUCACAUAACAUGUAUGAUGAGCUUGAAGUAACAAAUAUGAAAUUAAGAAAUGAGAUGAAAUUGAGGGAGCAGUGCAGUAGGUCCGAAAUAGAUUUGAUGGCGGCGCGCAUUUUAGAUUUAACUCAGAAACUCACAGCGUCGGAUAAGCAAGUGCGAACACUAAAACAUAAAAUUCAAAAAACUGAGUCUAGGGAAAAACGACGCAGCUUAUCGUUAAAGGGCAGAGAAUCUUUUACAUUAGGUAAAGAAGUAGAAGAGAAAUUAACAGAAUUAGAAAAUAAAAUUACAAUGCUAGAAACAGGAGAGCCCGUACCCACAAUUAAUUCGCCUUCUAAAAGUGCGUCACCUGCCAAAGAAAAACUAUCAAAAACGGAUAGCGUUACGGAUGAAAAGAGGAUGAAAAGAUUAGCUGCAAGACUAAGGAGAAAAUCCUUAGACAGCGCUACAAGCUCAGAACCCAUGAAAAUGCUAGUCCGACUUAGUUCGCUCGAAACCAAAGUUGCUUCUGCUUUAGAGCAUCGUCGAGAUGUAACCAAUUCAUGCGAAUCGAUCAAUCAAUCAUUAAGUCCAAUAACGAGGUCGACCGAGAGUCCCUUAAGUAAUGAUAGUCCAGAGAGUUCGACCGUGGGCACACAAUCGCAGAGGCAUCUCCUAGACAGGCUGCAGAGUCUCGAGAACGUCGUCAUUCAUUCGAGAAAUAAAGUGAACGAGUGUUUGUGCCAAAUGAGUGCUAUGCGAGCAGCUAAAUCUAGACGAUCUCCAUCUCCGAGCGUUGAAAAGAAAUUUAGCAUUAAAUCAAUGGAAAAAUGUUUAAUGGAUGUCAGCAAAAGAUUACAGGAGUGCUUUGACAGAUGCGUAAUCGACUCCUCGGAACGUCAACAGGCAGGAGAAGAUGAAAUCAAUGACAACGUCGCUCAGGUAGUCGUACAACUCGAGGAGCAGCUGAGGACGAAACUUUUAGAAAUAUCAAAGAAGAAAGCGGCACUCUAUGAAGCCGGAGAGUUGACCCAGAGAAAGAGCUUAGAAAUUCUAGCAGAGAAGCUGGCGUACGAAGCGGUUCUCGUAGGCCGAAUACAAGAGGCUCUAGAAUCUUCCAACGGCAGCCGGUUCUUCGCCAGAUUGAUAAAGUCUGAAAUAAUCGAAACUAGUCAAUUAAUCGAUAAUCUCAAGGCCAAGAUCGACGGCGACGACGCAAAAAUCACGUCCCCCACCAAGAGCUCCCUCGACUACCUGGCGAGGAUACUCUCUCGGAAGAUCGACGCGAUGGCGAGCGACCGAGACUCCGAGGAGUCGAGACGCUCGGAGGUCAUAAUCGAGAGCGCCGACCUCGAGGCCCUGAAGGCCUCGCAGAGGGAGGUCGCCGAGGCCGUCGACAAGUACAAGACCGAGAAACUCGCCGAGCUGUGCUCCGCGCUGGCGAGCGAGGCGCUCAGCUCCGCGCCGGCCGACGGCGACCCGGAGCGGCCGCGCGCCAACGUGGAGGCGGCGCGCGUGAGGGAGGCGUGGGCGGCGGCGCGCGACGCGCUGGGCGCCGAGCUGGUGCAGGCCGAGGUGGCGCGCGCGCUGGCCCGCGCCGCCGAGCUGUGCGAGCGCCGCCUGGACGGCGCCCGCCGCGCGCGCCUCACGCUGUCCGCGCAGCAGCGCGCCGACCUGGAGCUGUGGUGGCAGGCCGCGCACGACCACCUGCGCUGCGAGAUGGACGCCGCCGUGCGCGACAUCGCCGCGCGCUACCGCGAGUGCCUCGCCGCCGAGCGCCGCGACGAGGGCCCGGCGGGACUCGACAGCCGCGCGCUGCUGCAGCGGCUGGCCGACGUCCUCGCGCAGAAGGCCCUCGUGGACGCGCGCGUCGCCGUCGUCGAGGGCACCUACCGCGCCUCGGAGCCGCGCGACGCGCCGCGCCGGGCUGAGGACGCCACGUCCUCGCUGGAGACCGACCCCGCGCUCGAGGCGGAGUUCGUCUACCUGUUCCGGCACUUCUCGACCGAGUGUCGCGCGCUCUUCUCCAGUGACUGUUCGGGCAACAGUGAAGACUCGAUGAAGAUCGGCGAGAGCCUCGAGCGAGCGGAGGCGGCCGUCGCGGCGGCGCAGAGGCGGCUCGCGGGCGAGGCGGGCGAGGCGGGCGAGACGGAGGCGAUGGCGGCGGCGGAGGGCGGCGCGGAGGGCGGGAGGAGCGCGGCCGGGCGGCUGGAGGCGCUGGCGCGGCGCGCGGAGGCGCUGCGCUGCGGGCAGUGCGCGCGCCUGCAGGACGCGCUGGAGCGCCUGGCGGCGGAGCGCGCGCGCGGGGAGUGCUCGCGCGCGCGCCAGGCCGCGGCGCUGGCGCAGGCGCGGGCGGCGCGCGCGGCGCUGCAGGCGCAGCACGAGCGGGAGCGCGCCGCGCUGAGGGAGCGCGCGCGCACGCUGCAGCGCCGCCUGGCCGCGCUCGACUCCGAGUACUCCGUGCAGCUGGACAGCCUGCGCGCCGCUUACCAGAGCGCGGUCGCGGCCGACACGCACGGCGACAGCCUACGGGCACGCUACCAGCAAGAAAUUGAGCAGCUGCGUGCGCUGUGCGAGAAGGGCCUCAUGGCUAUGGAGAGCUCGCACCGGCGCAUCGUGCGCGAGAUGGAGGAGAAACACCGCGCCGAGAGAGAACAACUACGGCUGGAGAAGGAGCAGGCGCUGGCGGAGGAGACGCGCGCCACGCUGGCGGCGCUGGACGCCAUGCGCAAGGCGCACGAGAGCGAGGUGCGGCGCGAGGUGGACAAGUUCAAGGCCGAGUUCCUGGCGCGCGGCGCGCCCGACCUCGGCCAGCUCAGCUCGCGCCACCAACAGGAGAUGGAGGAGAUCCGGCGCGAGAUCCUGUCGCUGUCGGAGAAGUACUCGGUGAAGUGCGUGGAGUCCGCGGCGCUGGAGGAGCGGCUGUCGGCCGCCAGCGCGCAACUCGCGCACGCGCACAACCACAUCAUGCAGCUCGACGCCAGAAACAAACAACUCCGAGCGCAUAUAAUGUCAGAAGCCAACGAAAUGAAGAACGCGGAAGCGUCCACACUGGCGCAGCUCAUCGAGGACACGGCACCGCAUGGGGCGGACGCGCCGCUGUGGGCGCACCUGCGGCGCUUGGCGGCUGCCUGGCGGGGCGGCGACACGGGGGAAGUCGUCAAGAGCGAGUCCGAUGGAGUCGCGCGCACGCGGCUCGGGAUUGACGUACUCCAAGACGGAAGCCUCGAGGACGAUGACUCUGCCGCCCGUACAGAACUAAAGCCGCAACGCCCCGUGCUGGCGGGCGUGGUCGCCGAGCGGAAGAAACGCUUUGAAGCUUAG